AUGUGCGUUUGUGAUUUAAGCGUGAGUAAUUUAAACGUCAUGGCACAGCAGGAACAGAAACUUUCUUCGGAGGAAGUAUUCGCUUUGGAGGACAAAUACGGCUGUCGAAAUUAUGCUCCUUUACCGGUAGCUUUAAAUCGUGGUGAAGGUGUGUUCGUAUGGGAUGUCGAAGGUCGCCGCUACUUCGACUUCUUGAGCGCCUACUCAGCUGUGAACCAGGGACACUGCCACCCCAGGAUUGUCCAGGCGCUUAAGCAGCAAGCUGAGAAACUGACGCUCGUAUCCAGGGCCUUCUAUUCGGACCAGCUCGGAAAAUACGAGAAGUACAUGACGGAACUCCUUGGUUACGACCGAUUGCUGCCGAUGAACACGGGCGUCGAGGGCGGCGAGAGCGCGUGCAAGAUCGCACGUAAAUGGGGCUACGAGGUCAAGAAGAUACCGAAGAAUCAAGCGAAGAUAAUUUUCGCCGAGGGAAAUUUCUGGGGUCGCACUCUAUCGGCAGUUUCGUCGUCGUCAGAUCCCACUUGCUACGAAGGCUUCGGCCCUUUUAUGCCGUGCCUCGAACUGAUUCCAUACAAUGACGUUCCCGCUCUAGAGAAAGCCUUACAAGAUCCAAACGUCGCGGCUUUUAUGGUGGAGCCGAUUCAGGGAGAAGCUGGAGUGGUUAUCCCGGAUGCAGGUUAUCUGAAGAAAGUCAGGGAGCUGUGCACCAAAUACAACGUGCUCUGGAUCGCCGAUGAAGUGCAAACUGGCUUAGGUCGCACUGGGAAACUAUUGGCUGUCGAGCACGAGGGAGUCAGACCUGACAUUGUUAUACUAGGCAAGGCGCUUAGUGGUGGUGUUAUGCCAGUAUCUGCAGUUCUAACAAACAACAACGUUAUGGAUGUAAUUAAACCCGGAACACAUGGAUCCACGUACGGCGGAAACCCUAUGGCCUGUGCCGUCGCCACCGAAGCGAUUAAGGUGCUACUGGAAGAGAAACUCUGCGAGAAUGCUGCGAGACUGGAGGCCGUGUUUCGUUCGGAACUGGAGAAGAUUCCAAAGUCGAAGGUCAACUUAGUCAGAGGCCGUGGUCUUAUGUUCGCCAUUGUUGUGGACGACAGUAUACCGGCAUACGAAGUGUGCUUGCGUCUCCGCGACGCAGGCUUGAUCACGAAGCCCACUCACGGUCAAACGAUCCGGCUGGCCCCGCCCCUAGUGAUCACCGAACAGCAGAUCCGCGAAGGGGCGAGAAUCAUUCAGAAGGUAUUCGAGGACUUCAAGAAG